CUUGUUCCCGCUUGGCGGAUGAAUGAGUAGUCGGCGGAGCUUGUCCAGGAAGGGUCAGGGGAUUGUGGUGUAUCCGUGUCCAUCCGCCGCUCCCCAGUCAUGGAGCGUUCCGCCAUCCGCGCCCUUUGCCUCCUGCUCGCCCUGAUAUCCGCCGGCCGGGCCCAGGAGCUGGUGAACGAGGACGUGAAGCGCACCGUGGACCUCAGCAGCCACCUAGCCAAAGUGACGGCCGAGGUGAAGCUAGCCAACCCCGGACCCGCAGCCGCUCACUCCUUCCUGGUCGCCUUGGAGCCCGAGCUGGCCGGACACCUGGCCUUCCUGGGGGUGAAAACGGAGGACGAGGAAGUCGGCUACCUGGAAGUACAGGAGGCCAAAGUAAAAGGCAAGAGCGGAAAGCAAUUCUCGGUGCAGCUGCCGUCUUCUCUGUCUGCCGGAGCCAAGACCAAAGUCUUCAUCGAGGCGGUGUACACCCACAUCCUGCACCCCUACCCCACCCAGAUCACGCAGGCGGAGAAGCAGUUUGUAACCUUUGAAGGCAGCCAUUACUUCUACUCUCCUUACCGGACCACCACCCAAACCACACGCGUCAAGCUCGCCUCCCGCAACGUCGAGAGCUACACGAAGCUCGGCAACCCCUCCCGGUCAGAUGACACCAUCGAAUAUGGUCCCUUCAAGGAUAUCCCUGCGUGGAGCCACGAUGUCCUGAAGGUUCACUACGAGAACAAUAGCCCCUUCCUAACCAUCACCAGCAUGACCCGCCUCAUUGAAGUCUCCCAUUGGGGCAACAUCGCCGUGGAGGAGACCGUUGACUUAAAACACACUGGGGCCGAUUUGAAGGGACCCUUCUCCAGAUACGAUUACCAGAGGCAGCCGGACAGCGGCAUCUCCUCCGUCAAAUCCUUCAAGACCAUUCUGCCCGCCGCUGCCCAGGACGUGUACUACAGGGACGAAAUCGGCAACAUCUCCACCAGCCACCUGAUGAUCCUGGAAGACUCUGUGGAAAUGGAGAUCCGACCCAGAUUCCCUCUUUUCGGAGGGUGGAAAACCCAUUACAUGGUUGGAUAUAACCUGCCAAGUUACGAGUACCUGUACAACCUGGGUGACCAGUACGCUCUGAAGAUAAGGUUCAUUGAUCACGUAUUUGACGAGCAGAUCGUGGAUUCUCUGACUGUGAAAAUAAUCCUGCCUGAAGGAGCCAAAAAUAUCCAUGUAGAAAACCCCUACAACCUGAACAGGGCAGCUGAUGAGCUGCACUACACGUACCUAGACACCUUCGGACGGCCGGUCAUCGUCGCUCAUAAGAACAACCUGGUGGAGCAGCACAUACAGGACGUUGUGGUUCAUUACACAUUCAAUAAGAUCCUGAUGCUGCAGGAGCCUCUGCUGGUGGUGGGAGCCUUCUACAUCCUCUUCUUCACGGUCAUCCUCUACGUCAGGCUCGACUUCUCCAUCACUAAGGACCCAGCGGCUGAAGCCAGGAUGAAGGUUGCCUGCAUCACAGAGCAGAUCCUCACCCUGGUCAACAAGAGGCUCGGACUUUACCGUCACUAUGAUGAAGCUGUGAACAAAUACAAGCAGUCGCGGGACAUCUCCACCCUAAAUAGUGGCAAAAAAGCCAUGGAGACUGAGCACAAAAACCUAACGAAUGAGAUUACUUCACUGCAGGCCAAACUAAAGGCUGAAGGCUCUGACCUAUGUGAUAAGGUCGGAGAGAUCCAGAAGCUGGACAGUCAGGUGAAGGAGAUUGUGGUGAAAUCUUCCUCUGAAGCUGAACGUCUGGUUGCCGGGAAGCUGAAGAAGGACAGCUACAUUGAAAGCGAAAAGCAGCACGCCAGCAGACGCCAGGAGCUGGUCAUCAAGAUCGACAACAUUCUUGAUGCAUUGUAACUUCAUACUUUUGAGAUCAGGAGUGGACAAACCUCAGGAGCCAGACUGCAGCAGUGCCGGAGGACAUCGGUGCUCGCGCCUUCCUGCAGCCUCGCUGGUCUAACUCCUGAGUCCUGCCUUCUUUGUCCUCUCCUGCUUUAAGAAUUGUCAAGCUUGUGAGAUUAAGGCACAACGAGCCAACGCCAUGCUCUUAUCCUACCGAGUACUUAUAGUACCAUCUCCAUUUCCCCCGAGAGUCUUGUACUGCCAAACUGCGGGCAAUUCACUGCCUUUGUACCAUCCCCUCCCCCCUUGCGCCCUACUGUGGGGUAAGAUUGGCUGCUGAAUCCUUCAGUGGACCCAGGCAGGUCUAUAGAAAGUGAAAACUGAGAGCACCAGCUUUAAAAUACCGUUCUCAAGCAGUUUGCGCCUAAGAUUCUCCCAGGGGUUUAGAAUAAUUUUCUUGGUUGCGAAGUUUAAUAAUGUGGGGAAUAAAAAAAAAAAAAAAAAAACACUGGCCCUCUAGUUCAUAAAACAUUUUGAUUUCGUAAAAAUAUUUUUUCCCCAAAAAAUUCACCCCCAUUAUCUUCUGCAAAGCUCUGCACAGAAUAGAGCGGCGACCUUUAUGUUUUCUGUGUUUUCUACAUGCAGUGACCGAGCGAGCGGCACAUUUUCAUAUAAAAUCUCAGCCAAGUUUUUACACGUUAAUGAUUGUGAGGAAAACUGUAAAGUUUUGUUUCUCUGUUUGACCAAAAGGUAAUAAAGAAGGGAUUGUGGGUA